AUGGCAGGUCUUCGUCAAAGAGUUCGAGGCAGCUCCAGAAGGGGAUGGCUGACUGGGGUGCUCGUCCUAGGGUUGGUUAUUCUCGUCGCGGUUCGGCAUGUGUUCAAUUACAUGACCAACGACGCUCUCAGAAGGGGAUUCGACUCAUGCCUAUCGUGCGAGUGCGACUGUCUCCAAUUGGGCGAAGCACAAGACAAGGCUUUUGCGGAAUUGACGCAGAUCAUAGUGCCCGACUGUGAGAAGGACGUCAACUAUUCGGAGACUGGCAGAGAAGCCAUGAUGCGCGGAUACAAAAUUUUGUGGGACGCAUUGAGGCUCCAGGAAUCGAAAGCCCAAGAUGCUGAUAUGACAUCACAAAGAGCGCUCGAGGAAGUGAGGACAAUGGCAGCUAAAUUUCGAAAGGAGAUAGGAAAGUGCGUGGAGGGAAUGGUAACGACUGAGUAUGCUCGGGUAACGGUGACAGGUGCUCUCAAACGUGAACAAGAACGCAGUAGCUUAUGGGAAGGUCGAGCUAGAGAACUUGGUUGGAAAGACGGAGGAGGAAGUGCACCAAUACUCUAG